AUGCUUAAUAUUCCAAAACACAGCCUUAUUCAUGAUGUCACCACCCGCUGGAACUCCAGUUAUGAUAUGCUAGAGAGGUACCUUGAACAGCAAGCAGCGGUGUAUUCUGCCCUAACAGAAAAGCCCCUCAAGAAGAACAAAGAAAUAAGCACGUUGUCUGACCAGGAUGUGAAAAUGGCAGAGGAGGUACUUGAGGUUCUUAAACCACUAAAAACCAUCACAACACUGAUGAGCACUGAAUCCACACCUUCAGUAUCAAUGAUCCUCCCCCUAAAAACCACAGUACUCAACUCUAUGACACCCAAUGAGGAAGACAGUCCAACUGUAAGAGAAAUCAAGGCUGUCAUCACAGAAAACCUGAAGAACAGAUACUCUGCUUGUCAUGACUUCCUCCACAAAUGCACAGCUCUUGAUCCGAGGUUCAAGGCCCUUCCUCAUGUGGAUGAUGCCUGUCGUGACAGAAUCUACAACGACCUCAUCACAGAAAUUGUAACCAUGGAAGAACAGAGUGCGGAGGCCACAGCAGUUAGUUCAUCUCCAGUGACAGGACACUCAGAGGCAUCAUCUCCUCCUGUCAAGAAGUCUGCCAUGGCUGAACUGUUCGGUGAACUCUUCAAGACUCAGGUGGGAAACAAGCCUACUUUGCAGCUAGUGAAGGAAGAGGUUACCUUAUACAAGUCUGUGGACUGCAUCUCACUGGAUUCCAACCCACUUGAAUGGUGGAGGACCAAUGAACCCACAUAUCCUCAUAUUGCCAAGUUAGCAAAGCACUACCUUGCUGUACCUGCUACCUCAGUCCCUAGCGAGAGGGUAUUUUCUACAGCUGGAGACAUUGUAACUGCCAGCAGAUCUUCCCUUUCUGCAGACAAUGUGGACAAGUUAAUUUUUUUGACAAAAAACAUGAAAGUUGAAUGAAUCUGA